UCUGGCAGCUAUGACAACGAAGUUUGAAAGUUGUCAGAAUGGCUUCUGUGAGGAGGAAGAAGAGGGUUUCCUCCUCCAAAGUUCACCAGAAGUGUCUGAAGUGUAAAGUUCAGCUGGACAUUCACACAGUCACAUGUCCAGGAGUGCUUCUGUCUAGAAAGAACAAGAUCUACCUGAGUGUGUGUGUCAUGGGCCAGUACAGGAAGACUCCCUGUUUACCUGCUGUCUUCCCUGUCCUCUUUCACCACAAAAUGGUGUUUGUCAAGACUUUCCCCGGCGUUGUUGACCCUGCUGAUGUAGCUGACCUCCUCGAAGCUGACACAACAUCUUUUGAGCUGAUUCAGUUGGUGCCUCCAGGGGGGGAGAUCCUCGCCACAAUGGAGGAAAGCAGCAGAGAUUUCUUGUUCCCUGGUCCCAGACUGAGCUCAGGAGAACGAGCGGCAGAGAGAGAAAUACUGAUGAAGAAGUCCCCAUUCUUUCCUGGAAUCUCCCUCAAAGUGCAGUUCACAACGACAUCAGUCUUAGAGGAGAGUGAUGGGAGAGAAGGCUGGCCGGCCUCGCCUAACUGCUGUCUUUCUCCUGUGAAGCCAUCUGUAACCCUGGCCAGACAAAGCUCGGAGAAGAAGUCUUCACCGUCCAGGCAUUUCUCCAGGACGGAUGACGGGGACCACAUCUCUUUGAGAGAUGGAAAAGAAAAGCAAAAUAUUGAGGCGAACAUUGCAAACUCUGCACGGCCAUCAUCAUCAUCCAGACAUCAUCCCCUUCCUUCUUCACCCCCGUCUGGCCACAGUCACCAGAAACAGAAGAAGGAAAGAAAACAAGCUUCUGUCGACUGUGGCUACCAGCAGCCCACAGUUUCCUCAAGGACUCGAGCCCUGUCCCCUUACACUCACCGCAAGAUGUGCCAGCUCUCGGAGGAUGCCAGGCAGAGGCUCAGCCACCUCCGGCUGGGGCCUCACCACUUCAGGAAGGAGACUGAGAGCCAGCCGCCCUUUUUGGUCUCUCAUUCCUGUAGCGACUCGAUGGUGGUGACUCCAUCCUCCUCUCCCCACAGUGACAGCAUGCAUCGACGCUCUCUUUGCUUCUCAGUUAAUCAAACAGAUUCUUCCCUUCUGGGUAGUUACAGACCAAGAACAGUGAGAGUGAAGUCAGGAUCUGUGAGGGAGCGGUCGUCUCCAGAGACACAGUCCAGACAUGAAGCCAAAAGCUCUGUGAUAGAUUCUGAUCCUUCUCAAGCGGCCCUGGCUGCGCCAAUAUCCAGACGUCGUCUGGAUCUCAGCAACAAUUCCAUCAGAGGAAGGCUCCAGACCAGUCAGCCCAUUCCAUCCCACUGGGAGGAGAUCCACAGCCGAGUCCAGAGGAUCCUGCAGACUCACAGAACAACCUGGGACCACAGAGUGAAGUUUGACCUUUAACCUUUUGAUCUAGCCUCUUUCGUCUGCACUAACUUGUUGAUGCAUACUAACACGAACACACUUUUUUAAACUUAAGAAUCACCACUCAAUUCGAUAUUCAUUUACAUUUCAAACCCCCGAGGCACUUGCUGAACAGUUUGUGUCGUCACUACACUCAGAAAAGGAAGGUGAUGUUCAGACGUGUGGAGCAGCUCCUCUUCCUCCCACUCGUCAGCUGGGCUGUGUUUUAAGACAGGUGUGGGGCGGGGGACAUGGUGAAUGUAAGCUGCAGCUGUUAGGAGCUCAUCUCUCGAAACACAAAAGAGAAACAAAGAGGGAGCCAAGAGCCACUGUAGAGAUUUAAGAGAGAGAGGAACAAAAAUAGAAUCCUGAAUGAAAGACACAGUGAUAUUUAGCAGUAAGUUACACUGAAAUAUGUUAAAUGAGGUUGUCAGCUGAUAUUUGGAUCCCAGGUGUUUGCAGUUACUGUACCAUGGACUCUGUUCUUUUCAUUAAUUUAAUUAUUUACACCGAAGCUUUUCCUACUGCAACAUGUCAGAAUGUGUCAUGUGCAAAAAUAGACUUACCACCCUGCUGUUGUGUCCCUCAAGCAACCAGUGCAGUGUCAGUCCCACCUGGUGUUCCAAGCAUAUUGCAUUCACAGUAAUAUACUGUAUAAACUGUGACCUCAACCUUUGACCCCUGAUAUCAGUUAAUCCGUGAAUCUAAGUGAACAUUUGUGCCAAAUUUGAAAGGAUUCUCUUGAGGCAUUUAUAAGAUAACAUGUUCCAAUGGCAAAAGAGGGGUUUUGUAAGGUCACUGUGACCUUUGACCUGCGACGUGUGAGUCGGAGUGAACUGAAUUCAAAGAAAUUGAAUUCAAGGUGUUGAAGAGAUAGUGUUCUGUUGCUGGCACAGCGACAUAAAAUCCCAUGUGACAGUAUUAAACAAAGGAGCUUGCUUCUUUUAUUACAGUUAGAUUAAAUUAGGUGCAGAUGUUAUUAGAUAUUUAUUUUAUAUAAAGGAAAUAUUUUAAAUUUUACAGAUGGUGAUUACACUGAAUGAUCUGGUUUCUUCAAAGCACUGGUAACAUUUAACUCAAUGUGCAAAGGGUCUGAUUAAUGAUCAAACUCCAUUCCAUGUGUAUUCCUCAUAUUGAUGAACAACUCAGUCAGCAGGUGUCAGAUUGUGCUGCUCACUUCCAAACACGACACGUUACAGAAACUCCAACUACUGUCAAAUAUGCUGUAAAAAAAUAAUCUGUGAAUACUCAACACAGCAGAAAAUGUCCGACUGACACAGAUUCUUGGUCCUGUAUGUAUAUAUAAUUAUCAAUGAUUCUUAAGAUGUCAACAACCAUUUUUCUGCACUGCUUUCCUGUAACUUUUUAAUAUGUUUAUAUCUGGCUUAUUGUUGCCGUCGCUUGUCAGUCAUCUCUAAGUGACAGUAACAUUUUAUUAAAGCGGGCAUUUUUUUAAAGGUAGAUAUAUCAGGUCAUUCUGAUUGAUCAUGAAGCAGAGCAGUUAGUUUUCUGAACAGGUAUCCCUGUUGAUUAAAUUUAGAUUUCACGGAUAAAAACCCUCUCCAAUGCACUUUGCGAUGGGUAAAUUGGUGCAUUUCUGACAGACUUGCCGAAAAUAUCUGCAAACCGAUGAAUCACUCAGGCUGAUGUUUUUAUAUACGAUUAUAUUUAUCUUCACUGCAGAUUAUAUUUAUCUUCACUGCAGAUUAUAUUUAUCUUCACUGCAGGUAUUAUUUAUAACAGUAUUUAUGGCAAUCACCAAAAUGCAUGUGAUUUUCAAUUGAAAUAUUCAGUUUGCAUUUUCAAAGGAAGGAAGCAUAUUGAAUAUUAAAAUUCAUAUAAAACCCUUUAUUUGAAGUUGUUUUUAUUUCUCUGCAGUUUAGGUUUACAUUGCGUUUCAGUACUAAUAUUGUCAGUGUUUCUAAAUAUUAAAAAGUGUGAUAAUACAAAUAGCCGCUUGAAGUUGAUUGUGAUUCCUCAGUCAUGUUUCAAUGUGUUGAACUAAUUCAGUUCAUCUCCUGCUCAUUCUGCUUUGUUUAUGUUGUGAAACAAAAAUCAUUUAUUGUGUUUAACUUUGU